GGUGCUCUGACGGGGCAACGCGUAUAAAGACCUCUCCCUCCGGUAGCCAGAAAACAACAACAACAACAACACAGGAGGCAGUUUGACCGAAAGCGGCGGCCGUCAUGGGGAAGAUCAUCUUCUACGAGGACAGGAACUUCGGGGGCCGGCACCACGAGUGCACGAGCGACUGCGCCGACCUGCACUCCGCGUUCGACCGCUGCCGCUCCGUCCGGGUGGAGAGCGGCGUGUUCGUGGUGUACGACCGGCCCGGCUACACGGGAACCCAGCACCUCAUGAGGAGGGGGGAGUACUCCGACUACACGGGCAUGACGGGCAUGACUGACUGUGUCAGGUCCUGCCGCGUGAUCCCCGCGCACGGCGGCGGCUACAAAAUGAGGCUGUACGAGCAUUUCGACAUGAGAGGUGAGAUGGUGGAGCUGACCGACAACUGCCCCAACCUCUCGGAGCGCUUCCGCGCGUCCAACUUCAACUCCUGCAACGUGGUGGACGGCCACUGGCUCAUGUACGAGCAGGCCAACUACCGGGGCCGUCACUUCUACGUGAGGCCCGGCCAGUACAAGAGCUUCGGCGAGUGGAGCGCCGGCAACUCGCGGCUCGGCUCCGUCAGGCGGCUCACGGAUCUCUGAAAGACGGCGGGGACGUUCCUCGGGAGGUGCCUCGGCUCUGCCUUGUGUCACGCGCUGAACAAAAUGGCGUCGGGGCUGAAUGGCGUUGACUUUUGUUCUUGCUCUCUGCGUUUGGGGGGCUUGUUUUCCCGCCAGGGAACGUCGGGGUCAUGGCCUGACCUCCUGACUCUCAUCAGAGGCCUGAAUAAAAUCCUGCGAGUGCUGAUA